AAAGAAUACAAGACAAUAAUUGUAUUGACAUACACUAUAAAUUGAAAUGUUUCACUGUUCCUCAGUAUUUAGACCUGAAGUGAAAAGGUUGGUUGGGAAAGGAUGCUGUCCUCCCAGCUGGUUCAGAUCCUUGCUUUAACAGCUGCGUUGCUGAUAGAAGCUCAUGCGCAGAUAAAAUGUCCAGGUCCCCAAGGACCUCGUGGGGAAACUGGACUUCCUGGCCCUCAGGGACCAAAGGGCGAUCCUGGCAUCCAAGGACCUGCUGGUCCAACAGGUCCCCAAGGACCUCCUGGACAAAAUGGACCUCCUGGCCCUCAAGGACCAAAGGGCAACCCAGGUGUCAGAGGACCUGCUGGGCCACCAGGUGUGCCUGCCAGCCAAGAUCCUAAGCUACAAAAGGACAUCAAAAAACUUCAAUGCAGACUGGCCAGAAUGGAAAAAGCUUUGACCUUGGAAGGAAAGAUAGCGAUUGUUGGAGAUAAGCUGUUCGCCUCUACUGGGAAGUCAUCUGUGUUUGGGCAAACAGAAGCGACUUGCCAAGAAGCCCACGGCUCCAUUGCUGCACCAAGGAACCUGAAUGAGAACAAAGCUAUUCAGAAGAUUGUGCAAUAUUAUAACAGUUACGCCUAUCUGGGUAUUAUGGAGAGCGAUCAGCCGGGGAAAUUCCAUUUCCAGAAUGGGGAGCCUUUGAAUUUUACCAACUGGUACAAGAAUGAACCUUCAGGUCAAGGAGCAGAAAAAUGUGUGGAAAUGUACAAUGAUGGCACUUGGAAUGAUAAAAUGUGCAACAAUUACCGCCUUGAGGUCUGUGAAUUUUAAGACCAACCCAAGGUUGAAUGUUCCUUAAAAUAUAACUUGGUGUGAUUCUUCUGUCCACCCCCCCCCCAAAAAAAAUCAAUAAAAUUCCUUGGCAUUU